CUGUACCUUCCAACAAGGAAAAGAGCGGAUAGUAGUUAGAAUGGGAAGUCUGACAUCUUGAGUGUUAGCGCGUCUUUCUCGGUCAUUUAAAAUGGACAGAAAUAUUUCAGACUCGAGAAUAAAAGGUGUCAGCACCGGAACCACCAUAUUAGCUGUAAGGUUCAAUGGAGGGGUUAUCAUUGGGUCUGAUUCCAGGGCAUCCAUGGGAGGGUCAUAUGUAUCUUCCAAAACAAUAAACAAGCUUGUUCAGGUCCACGAUAGGAUAUUCUGCUGUAUUGCUGGUUCCUUAGCAGACGCACAGGCUGUUACCAAAAUGGCAAAGUUCAAGCUAUCUUUCCACAGUAUCCAGAUGGAGUCCCCUCCACUUGUGAAGGCUGCUGCUUCUGUGAUGAAGGAGCUCUGCUACCACAACAGAGAGGAACUUCAGGCAGGCUUCAUCACCGCAGGCUGGGACAAGAAGAACGGACCUCAGGUGUACACUGUAUCCCUGGGUGGGAUGCUGCUCUGUCAACCUUUCACCAUUGGAGGAUCAGGGAGCACCUAUAUCUAUGGCUACGCUGAUGCCAAGUACAAACCUGACAUGAGCCGUGAGGAGUGCUUACAGUUUGCCACCAAUGCGAUUGCUCUGGCCAUAGGAAGAGAUAAUGUCAGUGGUGGGGUGGUACACCUGGUAGUGAUCACAGAAGAUGGAGUCGAGCAUGUGGUCAUCCCUGGAGACAAGCUUCCCAAAUUCCAUGACGAGUAGAAAAACACUGUUUAAAAACCAAUCAUUGUGUAACAUUAAAGGGACCUUUAUACAUUACAUUUCAAUUUCAUCAUGAAGUAACACGGCAUGACACAUAUCCAUGAUUUUGGCAGUUUUUGGUCUUAAAAUAAAAAUAUAAAUCAUAAA